CGGAAAAAAAAAUUAAAGCAAAAAGGAAAGAGGAGUGAAAGCUGUCUCUCUCUCUCUUGUCGAAGUCGCAAGCUCGUCAUCACAAAAGCCCAGGGAGCAAAAUUCUGGCUGUGUCGACGCGCAAAGCCCUGAAACGAACCAUCUCUCUCGCUCUCUCUGAACAACCCCCCUCGGUGAGGGAUUGAGUGGGUUAUGCAGAUGUUCUCCAAGACUUCUUCUUCUUCUUCUUCUUCUUCCAUGUCUUCGAUUCCUUCUUGCUCUAGGAUUGGGGGUCAGCUCUGUGUGUGGCCGAGCUUGAGACAACUCUGCCUAAGAAAAAGUCUUUUGUAUGGAGUAAUGUGGUUGCUGUCCAUGCCACUGAAAACGUUACGUGGAGCCAGCCGAACCCUUAGGAUUGCCCAUUUUUGCAGCAUCUCUAACUUGACCUCAUUGAAAAUCGAACUGGUGCCAUGCCGGAGAGACAACUAUGCAUAUCUUUUGCACGAUGAAGAUACUGGCACAGUCGGGGUUGUCGAUCCUUCUGAAGCUGCACCUGUUAUCGAGGCAUUGAGCAGGAAAAACAGAAAUUUGACCUACAUAUUGAAUACUCAUCACCAUGAUGAUCACACCGGGGGGAAUGCAGAAUUGAAAGAAAGGUACGGAGCAAAGGUGAUUGGUUCGGCUGUGGAUAAGGAUCGGAUUCCCAGUAUUGACAUUGCUCUGGGCGAUGGUGACAAAUGGAUGUUUGCGGGGCAUGAAGUUCGAGUGAUUGAAACUCCUGGCCAUACCCAAGGCCAUGUUAGUUUCUACUUUCCCGGCUCAGCUUCCAUAUUCACAGGAGACCUGAUCUAUAGCUUAUCCUGCGGUAAGCUCUCCGAAGGCACCCCUGAGCAGAUGCUUUCGUCGCUCCGUAAGGUAACGUCUUUGCCGGAUGAUACAAGGAUAUACUGCGGUCACGAAAACACAGUGAGCAAUUUGAAGUUCGCACUGUCGGUAGAACCAAAGAACGGAAUUCUUCAAUCCUAUGCAACCCAAGUCGCCCAUCUCCGCAGCCAGGGUCUCCCCUCGAUUCCGACGAGCGUGAAGGUGGAGAAAGCUUGCAAUCCGUUCCUGAGAAGUCACAGCAAAGAGAUCAGGAGGUCGUUGCGGAUUCCGGACACUGCGGAUGAAUCCGAGGCUUUGAGAAUCAUGCUCAGAGCCACAGAUCAUUUCUGAAGUAUGGUUCUGGUCUCUUGUAUAGAAGAAAAACAUUGCCGGUGCCCAGACCAUACCACCUGCAAGAAAUAAUCCCAUUUUUACCCCUUAUGUGUUUUUUUCCCUUCUCCUUCAAACCCCCCCAAAUUCAUUUGGCCCAAUUUUUUUUUUUAA